GCUGGAGAGGCGGGGCCAUUUCUGCGGGAUUACUUUUCUAGACUCCUUUCUGAUUGGAUGGUGUGACGCAAUGCGCGCGCCCCACUAGAUGCUAAACUGCUGGCCAGCCAGGUCUUUUCCUGUCUGUGCUCCGGCACGUACACUGAACCCCAGGAGGAGUCUUCCGGCCUUGGGCUUCUGCUGCGGUGCAGUUUGGGGGCUUGCCAGUGCUUACACUCUCUCGUGCUUCACCUGUGGACUGGAGGCUUGGGCCUCAUUCACUUCGGUUACUCAGUUAACAGCUGAGCCAUCAACAAAUGUUUCUUGAAUAAGGACAAAUAAAGGUUGGGAAGGAAGAAGCCUUUUCGACUUGUCUCAGCUGUUCCCGCCUACUCCGUCUUCUUCCAGGUCAGGGGGUGUGCCUCAGAGAAAGAAGGAAACGAAUUUUGCGGGCAGUCACACACUUCGGACGUUUAGCGGGCCUUUGAUUCUUCCUAGAGUCUGUACUCACGCCGGGAUCUCUUCUUCAGAAAAUCACUUGAUCUAUGGCUUCACUAUCCCCACAUCAUUCCUUUUUUUAGUUUGCGGAACUUCGGGAAACUGAAAACUACCACAGUAGGAUAGAUGGGACUAAUAAAAACAGCAAAGCUCCAAAUCUGGGGAGCCUCUUGAAGGAGGGUAAUUUUCUGCUUGCAGAAUCGACUGCCGCUUGAUCCCAACACUACAACUUCAGUUUCUAUUACAUUUAAUAAUUCCAACAGUCAUGGAGAAGCGCCUGCAGGAGGCUCAGCUCUACAAGGAGGAAGGGAACCAGCGCUACCGGGAAGGGAAGUACCGAGAUGCUGUCAGUAGGUACCAUCGAGCCCUUCUUCAGCUGAGGGGUCUGGACCCGAGCCUGCCUUCUCCUAUACCCAAUCUGGGACCUCAGGGCCCAGCUCUCACGCCGGAGCAAGAAAACAUACUUCACACGAUCCAGACAGACUGUUACAACAACCUAGCUGCCUGUCUCCUCCAGAUGGAGCCAGUGAACUAUGAACGAGUGAGGGAAUACAGUCAGAAAGUCCUAGAACGACAACCUGAUAAUGCCAAGGCCUUGUAUCGGGCUGGAGUAGCCUUCUUCCAUCUGCAAGACUAUGACCAGGCUCGGCACUACCUGCUGGCUGCUGUCAAUAGGCAACCUAAAGAUGCCAACGUCCGACGGUACCUCCAGUUGACACAGUCAGAACUCAGCAACUACCACAGGAAAGAGAAGCAGCUGUACCUGGGCAUGUUUGGUUAGUGAAGAAAAAAGCUGAUUCUCCAGUUGAACUCAAGUGGACCACUAAAGGCCCAUCAAGGGAAACUUGAGCCUCAGCAAGAGAAAUUCACCCUUUACCUCUGACCCAGGUGGAUUUCCAUUUUGUUUCCUGUUCUGCACAAGCUCUUUGCUAUUUAGCCCAUCUGCAUUGUCUGUCCCCUAGUGUAUUCGUAUGGCUUGCAAUCAUUAUUUGCCUUGAGAAAUAGACUAGAAAGCAUUCAUUGACUGUGAGUGGAAACAACUACAUCUUGGGUUUUUGUUUGUCUGUCUGUUUUUUUAAGACAGGGUUUCCUGCAUAAGAAUCCUGGCUGUCCUGGACUCACUCUGUAGCCCAGGUUGGCCUUGAACUCACAGAGAUCCACCUGCCUCUGCCUCCAGAGUGCUGGAAUUUAAGGCGGGCACUGCCAUACCUGAUGGAAUCAGCUAUAUUUGUGGCAUAGAUUUAAUGAGAUGUUAGAUGUUUUCAGAUAAAGAGGAGAGGCCCAGUGAAGGAUGAAAUAGUAAGGAUAGACAUAAAGGAAUCUUUUGCUCUUUCCUCAGAUACCUUUGUUUUUCCCAGUGGGAAAUAUAUAUAUUUUUUAUGAAACUUGAUAAUUUAUAAAUUGAGUCUAAGUAUAUUUAAAGAUUUGAAAUUAGUCAUUUUUGGGCUAAGGCUGUAUCUCAGUGGUAGACUGUUUGCCUGACAUGUACAAGGCCCUGUGUUUGAUUCCCCAGUGCUACAAAUAUAACCAAUUAAACAAUAAAGAAAUCAAACUUUUGUUAUUUAAUCUCUUAUACUCCUUUAAUAUCUCAGACACAUUCAGCUUCUUUUCCCCCAUAAAAGAUUCUUCUUUCUAGGCAGACACGAGGGUACGUGCUUGCUGUUCCAGCACUUAGAAAUCUAAACCAGGACAAUCAAAUUUAAGUCCAGCUAGAGGUAUGUAGUGAGACCUUGUCUCAAAAUUGAAGGGCUGGGGAUACAACUCAGUGACAGAGCCCUGGGUUUAAUUUCCAUCACUGCAAAAAAACAAAAAACAAAAAACUUCUUUUCUGGGUUUUUGUUUUGUUUUGUUUUUCCUCUCCUGGGAAUUUCUAGUUCUUGCAAUUGCUUGUAUUCCGAUUAUUAACAAAACUUAUUUGUCAUUAAUUUAUUCUGCUUUAAAACUUCUGGAGUGAAUACCUGGGAUACAUGAAAUCCUGAUUUUUGUUUGUUUUUUAAAUGCCUCUGGAGUCAAGUACUUAAGUAGUUAAAAGUAUUUGACAACUCUGUCCUCCUGCCAAAAAAGGAACGCAAGUUCUAGUGAGCUUUUCCGGGUGUGUGUAUGGUGCUGGAGUUUGAGCCCACCUUGAACAUGUUAGGCAAGCACCCUGUCAUUGUGCUACACAGCCAGCACCAAAGUGUUUUUUGUUUUUGUGUUUCAGACAGGGUUUCUCUGUGUAGCCUUGGCUGUCCAUGUUUUGGUUUUUGUUUUUUGAGACACGGUUCCUCUGUGUAGCCUUGGCUGUCCUGGACUCCCUUUGUAGACCAGGCUGGCCUCGAACUCAGAGAUCUAGCUGCCUCUGCCUCCCUGAGUGCUGAGAUUACAGGCGUGUGAUACCAUGCCAGGCCCCUGUGUUUUAAUUUUAAAUGGCUAAAUUUCACUUUUUUGAAAGACAUUACUUUGUCUUCUUGAAAGAGUAUCAUAAUAAAGCAUAACAGAGCCCAAGUUUCCUCUUCACCUGUCUAUUUUUUAAGAGCUCAGGACCUCACUGAGUAAGGAAAUCUACAAGGAAAGGCAUUUAUUGCUUAGUUUCAUGCAAGCACCUGAUAAAGCCCUGGAGAACCUGUGUCACUUGUGGGUACAGGGUAUAGAUCUAGUGCAGUCCUGCCUCUGUGGGGUUCAUCAACCAUUGGCUGCUUUGUCAUGGUGUUUUUUCUGUGGAUUGUGUCAUGGGUGCCAAUUAGUAGCUAAGACCAUGUAGCAGGCAUCCACCUUUACAAGUAAAGAUAAUAAGCAUGUGUCACUAGCUAUCAUAUAAUCAUAAACAAAUAUAUUUCUUGAGGUGGGAUCAGCCUGGUUUAUUAAUAACACCCCAAACUCUCCCAAUGCAUUACUUACUCUUCUUUGUUCCUCCCUAUAAUUUAAAUAAUGUGUCCAUCAAGGUACAACAAAAGGGUACGAAAUGCAAGGACAGAACUAAGUAAAGUAGAAUGUUUUCUUUCUCCAAACUUCUUAACCUGCUAAGAUUAGCAUACGUCUGUGAUCUCAGUACUCAAGAGAAUUGCUGGAAGGCUAGUCUGGGCUAUAUUGCUGAAUUCAAAAUGAAAAUAACUCAAAAUAGGCCGGGCAGUUGUGACACACACCUUUAAUUCCUGCACUCAGGAGCCAGAGGCAAAUAGAUCUUUGAGUUUGAGGCCAGCCUGGUCUAUAUAGAUAGAGCUCCAGGACAGCCAAGGCUACACAGAGAAACCCUGUUUUGAAAAAAACAAAAACCGACAAAAUAAAUGGAUAAAAUUCCUAUACUGGGUUUGACAAAAUCUUGUCAUAGUGAAUCCUGUCACUUUGGGUUAGAAGCCCCUUUGAAGUUUCCUCUUAGUAAUUUUCCACGUACAAAUAUCAACAUUACCUCUUGACUAUAUAUACCCACUUGUCUUAUUGGAGUCAUUUAGGUCCUAAUCUGUGUCCCACUGCAAAACCUGGUUGCUGAGGUUCCUGCUGCCAUGACCUUGCCUUUGAAUGGUCUGUCUUAACAUGCUUUUAGAAAUUAAAAUCUUUGUCAUCUUGCAUGUCUUACUUCUUUGGCACUAGUUUUGCUCCCUGGUUGUUGUGUAAAAAUUUUAUGUUAAAGGAAGCUGUCCACUACAUCAAUGAGAAAAAAUAAAACUGAUAUUCACAAACAUCUUAAAA